AUGUCUGUCACAACGGAGUCUUCCUCCACCUUGGUCUGGUUCAUCACAGGUACAUCCAGUGGAAUGGGAAACUGCCUCGUAAGGUCGGUCCUGGCACGGGGAGAUAAGGUCAUCGCGACUGCUCGUUUUCUGCAUACGAUACAAGACUUUCCCAAGUCUGAGAACAUCCGGCUGAUGCAGCUAGACGUCACCGAUGGCUUCGAGAAGAUGAAGGAGAAAGUCGCCGAGGCUGUCCAGCAGUUCGGACGCAUAGAUGUUGUGGUCAAUAACGCAGGGAUCGCCGUGAGAUCGCUCUUGGAAGAAGGCGGGUCCCAGCAAUGUCGUGAACAGUUCGAGACCAACGUGUUCGGUGUUCUGGACGUCACUUCGGCGGUGCUGCCCUAUAUGCGCGAGAGGAGAUCGGGUACUGUUGUGCUGCUAGGCAGCCGUUCCAGCUGGAAGGCGGAUAUUCCAGUCGAAGGCUUCUACUCCGCUUCGAAGGCUGCAGUCCGAGUCCUUGGGGAGACAUUAUCCGUGGAGCUCAAAGAGUUCAAUAUCCGAGUGUUAGUCGUCGAGCCAGGAGCUUUCCGAACGAAAAACAUAUUUUCUCGCCCUUUCUACGAAGGCAACAAAAUCGCGGACUACGAUGCUCUUCGGGAGCACGCUGAGGGAUUGUACACGAAAGCCGAUGGCCAUCAGCCUGGCGAUCCUGUAAAGGCUAUGGAUGUGGUUGUCGACGUCGUGCAAGGCCAAGGACGCGCCAGGGGGAAGCGGUGGCCGACAAUUCUACCACUGGGUAUGGAAGCGGAGCAGGCAAUUAGGAAUAAAAGUGAAGUGAUGCAGGAGAUGCUGGACGACUGGAAGGAUAUAAUCCGCGAUACGCGUCUGGACGAAUCAUAA